AUGUUUCGCGUGGGCUCCUGGCUCUAUGGCAAGAAGCCGGCCUCCACCCAGUCCCUGGACUCUCUGUCCGAACUGCGAGAUCUUGAGGAUGCUAUGAGGGCUGCCACCUUAAUCCUCAAUGACGAUGUGGACGGCGCCGAAGACGGUCUUUCCGAAGGAACCUCGUCGUUUCAUAAUCUUGGCAGAGGCGUCGUUGCGUUCAUCCGGGCCACACUGGGAUUCGAACAGGAGAUCAUGCGUCAGGCCUCGGAGCGACUCAAUGCCGCGGAGACGAGUGCCGCCAACGACCAGCAUCGCGCGCAACAUAACUCUCAUGCGCCAAAUACGUACCACUCACAAAUAUAUGCUCCCGGGACGGAAUUUGCGCUCUGCCAGGCCAUGGCGCAGCUCAUGAGCGCUGUCGUCGGCGUCCUGAAUGAAAGCCUUACGGAAAGUAUCAAAGGAUUCUAUAGGCUCAGAAAGGCCUACAUCACCUUAGACGCUAUUCUUAAGAUGGAGCAGAAGUUCAUCAUGCAGGCGCGGAACUCCGGGAAUAGCACUUCUACAGAGAGUCUCCCACGGGGUGCUGGGCAGGGUGCGGGAUCCAAAUCCGUUCCUGCAUCUCCAGUAGAACCAAUCGACCUUAAAAAAGAACUUUCAGACCUUUCAAUCUCCGCGGACUCCGAAGCAUCGGCAUCAGGCCCUUCUGAUAUGCUCAGCCAUGAUCCUGACUCGGAUAUUUUCAAGAACCAGAUCGACGUCUUCGUCCACUCCGGCGCCAACUUCUGUUUUGGAAUUCUUCUGCUCCUGAUCUCGAUGGUCCCGCCCGCAUUCAGUAAGCUUUUGGGAAUCAUUGGCUUCCAUGGGGACAAGGAGCGGGGAUUGAGGAUGCUUUGGCAAGCCAGUAAAUUUCACAACCUGAUCGGCGCCCUCGCUGCUUUCUCCAUUCUCGGCUAUUCGAACGGCUUUGUUCGGUAUUGCGAUAUCAUGCCCGAUCCUGUCCCUGGCGAUGACGUGCAAGGCUAUCCCCAGGAACGGCUAGAGGCCUUGCUUGCCCUGAUGCGGAAGCGGUUCCCGAAGAGUCAAUUGUGGCUGCUGGAGGAGUCACGGAUGAACGGAGCAAACAAGAAAUUAGAUGUUGCUUUGGAGCUGCUCUGUGGAGAAGACCGCAGUCCGCUCAAGCAGGUUGAGGCGUUGCGGGUUUUCGAACGGAGUUUGAACGCCAUGUAUCUCCACAGAUACGAGCUUUGUGCGGAGUCCUUCCUCGAGUGCGUCGAACUCAACUCUUGGUCUCGAUCGCUAUAUUACUAUAUUGCAGGAUCGGCUCAUCUCAGCUUGUACCGGAACAUUGCUGGAACGGAUGCCACCGCAGCAGCCAAACACGCCGAGAAGGCCGUAGAGUACUUCCGGAAGGCGCCGCCAUUGGCUGGAAAGAAGAAAUUCAUGGCUCGACAGUUGCCUUUUGAUGUCUUUGUUUCCCGCAAGAUCGCCAAGUGGGAGGCCCGCGCUAAGGAGUGGAAGGUGCCCUUGGUGGACGCUGUGGGGGUGGAUCCGAUUGAAGAGAUGAUUUUCUUCUGGAACGGACACAGCCGAAUGACACAGGAACAGCUCGAAGAAUCCAUGACGAAGCUGGCGUGGUCCGAAAGCGAAGCCAAUAAGACAUGGUCUCGCGAAGGUCCGGAAGAGAAGGCUAUAUUGCAGCUCCUGCGUGCAGCUGUCCUCCGUGCCAUGCGCCGGCACGACGAGGCGAAGGAGAUGAUCCGCACGAGCAUCUUCAGCCAAGACAAGUCCCAGUUCACUGGACAUCUCAAGGAUGACUGGAUCUACCCGGUGGCACAUUUUGAGAUGGCGGCUAACCUGUGGAUGGAGCGCCCGACAUACAGUGCUAUCCACGGAGGACCGGCGUCGUCCAGCGAGAAACCAAGCACCGACAGCGAUAUGCAGCUAGAGCGUCGGCAAGUGCGCGAAUGCAAGGAGCACCUGGAGAAGGCGGCCAAGUGGGAGAGCUAUGAACUAGACGCGCGUGUUGGGCUUAAAGUGACGGCCGCACUCGAGGCCGUUGAGAAGUGGGAGAGUGCGCACGCGACAACAUCCGGAUGA